GGCCACGUCAGUCGAGGAACGCGGCUUGGGCUCGCGCGCGCGCGCUCUCGGAAGCUGAGCCGGCGUCGCGGGACGGAGGGCGUGCGCUGCGCCAGUUCCAGCCUGAGCUGCCAUGAUGCCUGCAGCAACGAUAAAGGCCGACAGCACCCCCCUGUAUGACCCUUGCCUCCUUCAGGGACUGGACUGGACUCAGAACACCGUGACAUUUUCCCCUGCCAUUUCUCCUGCAGAUCCAGGCGAAGGGCUGGUCUUGAGACCGCUUUGCCCUGCUGACAUCAACAGAGGCUUUUUAAAAGUUUUGAGUCAGCUGACUGAAACUGGAAUUGUCAGCCCUGAACAAUUCAUCAAAACAUUUGAACGCAUGAAGAACUCUGGGGACUACUAUGUGACCGUUGUGGAAGAUACGAAACUACAGGAAAUUGUGGCUACGGCAACUUUAGUCAUAGAGCAUAAAUUCACGCACUCCUGUGCAAAGAGGGGAAGAAUAGAAGAUGUCGUCGUAAGUGGGGAGUGUCGAGGAAAACAGCUUGGCAAACUGUUGAUGUCCACUCUUACACUGCUGAGCAAGAGGCUGAAUUGCUACAAAAUUACUCUGGAGUGUCUGCCAAAGAAUGUAGCAUUCUAUACAAAAUUUGGGUAUUCAGUUUCUGAGGAAAACUACAUGUCUCAAAGGUUCUUCAAUUAAAGACCUUGCAGCUGUAAUUUCUGUUGUAAUGGACUGUCGGUGGAGGAACUUGUGCUACUGCCUUCAUUCUCUUUAAAGAAAUUAAAUUUGCUGCAAAUGAAGUGAUUACCUCUAGUUAUGGGACAACAAAUAAAUACCGCAGACUAAUUGUUUUAGGUUUCCCUGGCCACUGUGAAGCCUAUUAGAUGCUUUUUUGCUAGCUGGGACAAGAGCAAAUAUUUCAAGGUAGGGAUUGUUUUUAGCCAAAGGUCUAUUUUUACCUGAUACUUUUUCUCGCCUUGUAUUUUUACAAGUGUUAUGCUGCUUUUUUUGCCCCUGGCAGCCAGAGAAAGUAAUGCUAGGACUGAUUCACGCAUUUUUACUGUCUUGCAAGAAUGAGAAAUCCAAAGUCUGCCAGAUGUAGUUGUCACAUUAACUCAACUCAGAAUUUCAUUGGCCCCAGAAGAGCGCUGUCUUCUCGCACAGUCACCUGAGUGUUCUGACUGGUCCCUGUUGUGAUCACAGUUGGUAGAAAUGACGACGCAAAGAAUCGCCACGGGUUUGAGCUGAUGCUGCUCAGUAUCCCAGACUGCCCCGAGUUCAACAUGAAGCAAAUGUUUGACAUGAAAAUUUCCCAUAUUUGAAAAUAUAUUUGAGGAGCAGGAUACUAGAACGCAUGGAAUGGUGGAAAGGCGGAGUGUCACGGCACGCCACGUGCUCUGCAAAUGCCACAUCGAUCCAUUCGGUGAAAUUGACACAUCUGAAAUCCUUCUCUUGCAGGCUUCUUAUGCUUUCACAUUUCUUUUGUGAUAACUUUAUUUGGCAAUAAAUGUACAACACACCUCCUGCCAUUUCAACUGGAAGGGGGUUGUCCUUGUGUAGUUUCAGGGCAUUAAAAGCCAACGAAGGGUACUAAGAAUUUUGUAGCUGACUAGUUCGCUUUACAAAUAUUACUGAACCACAAAAAGCUACUGUAAAUUGGUGUGGCUGUUCCAUUUCAAAUGUUUUGUGGUACUUUAACUUUCUUGGAGGAAGCUUUAUUUAUUCAGUUUUUUAAAAAAUCGUAAACUUGGGAGAGGUUAUGUUAAUAAAUCUUUUGAAUUUAA